AUGCACAAGAGCCGAUCUCCACUCAUGAAUGUUGUCCGAAAGCUACAAGUUACUCAUCAAGGACUUCUAUUUUGUGAAAUUCCAGCGCCUGCUUCACCAUCAUCAAAGAAACGAAGGGCUGCUGAUAUGGCUAAACACAUUUCCAAGAAGAAGAAGAAGAAAAUCAAGAUGAUCAUCUCUUCUGAGUCUACAGCUGGAGAAGAUGAAACAAUUCCAGAAACUCCUGAAGCCAAUCUUAACAAAGAUACUUCUACUCCUGCACAGAAAACUGUUAUACCACUCAAAGAUUCGGUUGCCAAGUCAUUAUAUGAGGAGGCCCGAAUUUCUAACAUUCUUGUAAACAUAUCUAAUACGGAUGCAAAUGUCAUCAUGGGUGAGGAUGAUUCAAAGAAUGAAAACCAAGGUAAACCUUCGAUUGUUACCUUAGAAACCUUUUUAUCUUUUCCUCCACAAAUCACACCUGUCAUACCUACUACUUCCACCAAUGAUUCUCCUACUUUCGAAAACAUUAUCAAACAACCAAUUACUUCUCUUUUUUCUUCACAAUCCAAUGAUCCACUCACAACCACUUCACCAAUUCAAGAGUCUAUUUUUAUGGAAACUAAACAUGAAUCGGAAGGUUUUGGAGGAACUUUUGAGAACUUGGAAUUUGAUGAAGAAGAACCUGAUUUCCCCGAUCACAUGCUUAUGACAAUGAAGCAGUUUAAGAUCUUAAAUACAAAGCUGAAUUCAAUUCUUCAAUCACAAGAAGAUCUUGGGGGAGGCAAUUCUGUGACGAGUUUAGAAGUUGAUGGUUUGUUAAAACUACUAGAAGGAAGGAUCACCUCAAAAGUUAAGAGCAUGAUUAAAGACUCUGAGUCUCGUCUUUUGUAG